GUACUGCUGGAGGUCAGAGGGUGGCGUAAACACGUGGAGAGCAAACUUAGUGGAUGAGUGACAUCAUUUGUGUGCGACAGGUUGGAAAGAUGGCAGAUUCGGAGGUGAAAAAGAAGAUCAAAUUUGUCCCCGAGAACCUCCUGAAGAAGAGGAAGACCUAUCAGGCCAUCAAAGCCAAUGAGGCCAGACGUGCUCUUCUGGAGAAGAAAAAGCUACAGCGAGGCAAGACCCUGAAGUUCAAGCGUCUGGAAGAGUUCCUGUGGGACAGCCGACGGAAGCACCGUGAUGAGACACGAUUGAGAAGACAGGCCGCACGACCUGCUCCUGUUAUCCUACCCAACCAGAAACGCCUUGCCUUCGUUGUCCGCAUCAGACAGAUUAGGGGUGUCAGCCUUAAGGUCAUGAAGGUAAUCCAAAUGUUGCGGCUCAGGAAGAUCUUCAGCGGCUCUUUUGUUAAAAUCAACAAAACCUCCCUAACUAUGCUGAAGGCUGUGGAGCCGUACGUAGCCUGGGGCUAUCCAAAUCUGAAAUCUGUGCGGGAGUUGGUCCUGAAGAGGGGGCAGGCUAAAAUUGGCAAGCAAAAGGUUCCUCUGACAGAUAACACCAUCAUUGAGCAACAUAUGGGUCAGCACGGGAUGAUCUGUCUGGAAGACUUGAUCCAUGAAAUCUACUCUGUCGGAAAGCACUUCAGAGAAGCCAACAACUUCUUGUGGCCUUUCCACCUGUCUGUGGCACGACAUGCUGCUAGGGACAAGGCUGGCCUGCUGAAGGAGAUUGGUGAGCCGGGACCUAGAGCAGAGGACAUCAACAGAGUCAUCAGGCAGCUCAACUGAGAGAGAACUGCUGGCAAUCCUGUGGUUGUAACAUACAGGGUUGGACUGUACCAUGUAUGAUCAUACUACAUACCGCUGGACCCUUUCUUUCUCAGUCGCCACACGAAGGAAGAUAACUGAACAUCGUGUGGUGUCCUGGAAUCUCAUAGGACUCUCCUUCAUGCCCAAAGAUAGUGGUGUUACUGAACCUCUACUCUCAAAUAGAGGGAGUUUUAUCACACUGAAUCUUCUCAGUGAGAACCAGGUUUGACAUUUAUACAUUGGAAUGCUAAUGUGAAAUGUCUCACUUUGCCUUUUCCUAUGGAUCACCUGUCAAGAACUGUGACAUUCUUGGGUUGGGUAUUUAGUGGAUGGCACAGCAGUGGACAGUGUACAUGAAUAACAUUAAAAUAACUGGUCCGAGUCAAGUGUGUAUCUAGACCUGGAAAUGUUUGAAAUGUGUUAUUAAUUAUGCUAUGUUUUGUGCACAUUCAUACAGCCUGAAAAACGUCCACAUUUUCUGUGUGGAUGUUAAUUCUAAAUGCAGAUGUUAAUCCUGCCUUGGUGUCUCUUAUCUCUACCCCGUUUUGUUUUGUGCUAGCUUGUUUUUGAAAUAGUCAGAUGGCCUCAUGAGUUAGAUUCAGUCCCAUGAGGAAUGUAAUUAAUGGGAUUUAAAGGUCUUUGUAAUUUAAAGGUAUCUCAUGAAAUGUAAACAUUAUUAAAAAUAGAGCCUUGUAACUUGUAUUUUUGGGGUGGGGGAUCCAAUUUGGAAAGAAUGGGGAAGAGAUUCUCAUGUGCCUCAUUUUAAAUGAAACCGUACAAUUUCCAUUUAUCUUUAUGUAGACCAGUGCGUUGUGUUGAGGUAUUCUCUUCUGCCUCAGUGCUGUCAAUGUGUCAGGUUCCCGAUUGAAGUGGCUGCAGGGAUGACCAGUAAUUUAUAUGAUUUAAUGUUUGAGUAACAAGAAAAUAAAUAAAAGCUUGUUAUAUUAUGUUCUUGAACAAAAUACAGAAGGCCGUGCAUAUUUUGCAUAUUUGCAUAUUUUUACUGUUUCAUUCUUAAAGAUAUGUGAGAAUUUGUUGAAAUGUUCAUUCUCCCAGCUAAAUGUUGCAACUGAAGAAAUUAUAACCAAUGAAGAAAAUGCACUUGAGUCAUUUUAACAUCGAGGUAUUGUUUUUUUACAUUUCCAGAUUAUGGAAUGAAUAAUUUGGGCACUUCUUUGAUUCCAGAUUUCGUAUUGGUAUAUCUUUCUACAGUUGUCAUUGAAGAGCUCGAUUUGCUCACAGAAGACAAGCUAAUCUCCAAGUUUAGCAAUCUUGGAAUUUAAUGAACUCCUAAUUUAAUAAAUGCUACUUUACUCCUGUG